AUGGGCGCCUUCUGGGACCAGGCUGUCCUGCUCCCCGCUGACCAAGAAGUGUGCGCACGAGCACGUGUGACGGUGUGCUUCUCUGCUGGGGCUGCAGAGGCCAAGCUGCCCAGGCAGCUCACUUCCUUCUCCCACCCUGGAGCUACAAGUCUGCGGUGGGGCGUCGCCAGGGCUGGUGCCUCUGAGCCGUCAGCGCCACCUGGGCCCACGGUCUUCGUCUGGAGCUCAUCCUCCUGCGAGGACAUCAGGCCUCGUGGGCCGGGACCCACACGGGAAGCGAGUGCCGGCAGGAUCGCGUCCGCAGUGCGAGUCAAGCGGAAGGAGUUCCUGCCCCCGCUGUCCGGGUGCUCCAGCCUGACCUCCGUCAGCACCAUCACCCCCGAGAGCUCCCCGCCACCCCAGAACACAAAGGAUCGGAGAGAAAGCAAGCAACUGAGGGCAGGAGACGCGGCUGAGAACCGAGGCUCCGCCUCAGAAGCCCAGGGGCCCGAACCAGCCGAGUCCCGCGUCCAGGGGUCCUUUUCCACCGGGAUCCCAGCUGCGGAGUCUGUCCCAGAAGCCCUCGAGCUGCCGUCCCUGCUGCAGGGCCGUGACCAGGACGUGUGGGCCCAGAAGCACCAGGACACUGUCCCCAGCCGCCAGGAGCCCCGGGCCGUGGAGUCCACGGUCAUCAACAUCCCUGGAGGGCUGGACAGCGAGCUGGACGUCCAGCAGGUGCCUCGCACGCUGGUGGUGAUGCCGUUUGUCCCGGCGCCCGAGAGCCUGCCUGCCAUCAAGGAAGAGUGUGGGGAGGAGGGGACCCCGGUCAUCAGGGAGGUGGGGGGCUGCACCCCGAUGAAGGCCCCUGUGCCCAGCAGCCCCACCCCUGUCACCAUGAUCGUGAUGCCGGAGGACCCGGAGCUCGGGGACAGGGCUCCUCAGCUCGUGUAG